AUGACGAACCUAGGGAAAAUAUUAAUACCUCCUUCUCCAAACUGGUUCAAUUAUCAUUCAAUAUGCUUAGAUUCAAAGUCUGGAUGGUAUUCUUUUUGCACAAAAAAUAGUAUAAUAAUUGGAAAUAUUAAAAACUAUUAUUAUGGAUCUAUACCCUGUGGAUUAAAAAGUAGACCUAAUGCAGUUUAUAUUAUUGAAAAAAAGAGGUAUGAACAUAAUUUAAAGAAGAACUCAGUAUCUAAUAAUAAUAAAUGCCAUCAAGAUAUGAAUAAGAUUAUUAGUGAUGAAGAUAGUGACAAAUAUCCUGCAACUUAUAUGACAAGUUCAAUACUUUUGUGUGCUAGCCAUAAUGACAAGGUAACAAGAUUAUGGAAUAUUGAAUAUGAUAAGGACAAAAGUUUGAAUUUAAGAUGUGAAUUACUUGUUUGGAAUAAUAGUCAUAAGUAUAAUUGCAACGCAGUUUUGAUAGCAGAUAAUUUAGUUAUAACGGGUGAUGAGAAAGGCAGAAUAAUAUCUUUUGAAUAUUUGAGUAUAUUAAAUAGUAAGAAGUAUAAAAAGCAAAUAGAAUCAUUAAUUUGUGAUUAUUGUCCAUUAGAAUCUUCAAUUACUGUAAUGAAACAGAUAGAUAAGCGUUUGUUUGAUAAUAAAGUAAUUAUAGCUAUUGGUUAUUCAAACGGUUCAAUUUUAAUGAUUGAUAUUUAUAAUUCAAAUAUUUUGAAAGAUUUCGGUUAUCACUCAACUAUUGGUAAUAAAGUUACUUGUAUUUCUUUUAUAUAUAGAGUUAGUCAAGAGAAUAAAGAAUUUUAUUUAAAAUAUCAUAGCAUAGAAGGGCCUAUACAUAACCAGAUACCAAAAGUUACAGCUAAUUUUGCAUUACCUCAUACAUCUGAAAAAUUCACACUAUCAUCAAAUAUAUUGGCUAUAAAUUAUUCAUGUUUAAUGGUUACAUCUGGUAUUGAUAAUACAACCACAGUUUGGGAUAUAAUGGAUGAACUAUCUCCAAAAAGGUAUUCAGAUAUUCCAAAAAAAUUAAAAAUUAGAUAA